ACACAUGGCUUAAAGAAAGACCCCCAUACAUAAAUGAGGUUUGUGUGAGGCUAGGGCUUGCUCGACGUUCGAACCACCGCGCACUCAUCCUCCAUCUACUUGUUACUGAAUCGCAAUAAUCGGACCCAGACCACUCGACGUUAGGUUUAAGGCUUGCUCCUUCAUCCCCACCACCAAACCCUACGCCACACCUCCGACCAAAUGUCGGUUCUUAUAGUCACAAGUUUGGGAGACAUCGUUGUCGAUUUGCACUCAGAUCGUUGCCCUCUCACCUGCAAGAAUUUCUUAAAACUCUGCAAGAUUAAGUAUUACAAUGGCUGUCUGUUUCAUACAGUUCAGAAGGAUUUCACUGCACAGACCGGUGAUCCAACUGGAACCGGUUCCGGUGGUGAUUCUAUCUACAAAUUUAUGUAUGGUGAUCAAGCUCGCUUUUUUCAAGAUGAGAUUCAUUUGGAUCUAAAGCAUGCAAAGAAGGGUACAAUUGCUAUGGCUAGUGCAGGAGAGAAUCUUAAUGCUUCGCAGUUUUACAUUACGCUGCGUGAUGAUCUUGACUACCUCGAUGGCAAGAAGACUGUGUUUGGUGAGGUGGCUGAAGGGUUUGAAACUCUCGACAGGAUAAACGAAGCUUAUGUGGAUGAUAAAAACAGACCAUAUAAAAACAUACGCAUCAAGCACACUUAUGUACUUGAUGAUCCGUUUGAGGAUCCUGAACAGCUAACCGAGCUAGUUCCAGAUGCUUCGCCUGAAGGAAAGCCAAAAGAUGAGGUUGAUGAUGAGGUGCGGCUUGAAGAUGAUUGGGUGCCGAUGGAUGAAAAAUUAGGUACAGCGGAACUUGAAGAGGUCAUUCGUGCGAAAGAAGCGCAUUCUAGAGCAGUUGUGCUUGAAAGUAUAGGGGAUAUUCCUGAUGCUGAGGUAAAACCUCCUGAUAACGUGCUCUUUGUAUGCAAACUAAAUCCGGUAACUGAAGAUGAGGAUCUGAAUACUAUCUUUUCACGGUUCGGAACAGUUACAUCAGCUGAUAUAAUCCGCGACUAUAAAACUGGAGACAGUUUGUGCUAUGCCUUUGUUGAGUUUGAGGACAGAGAAGCUUGUGAGCAAGCAUACUUCAAGAUGGAUAACGUUUUAAUAGAUGAUCGGAGAAUACACGUGGAUUUCAGUCAAAGUGUUUCCAGAAUGUGGAACCAAUACAGGCGUAAAGGCAAUCGAUCUGGAAUAGCUGGUAAAGGUUGCUUCAAAUGUGGUUCCCUUGAUCAUAUCGCAAAAGACUGUACCGGGGGCCCUGAUACGAAAGAACCUCCAAAAUACGUUUUGAAGGAUGAUGAUAUCGCUAGAAAGGGUGGCAAUGAUAGCUCAAGGUAUGACAUGGUGUUUGAUGAUGACACUCAUGGGAGUCCACAAAGAAAGAAGCCACCAAGACACAAUGAGGGGGGCACUCGUCACGAGCAUCGAAAACCAAGUCAUCGAGACAUGGAAGACACAAAGAAAAACGACUACAAACACAAAGACGAGGUUGAUGAAAGAAGAAAAGAGUAUAUGCGAGAUGAUAGGCACCACACAUCAGGGGGAAGAAGAGAUUACAAAAGAGACGAGUUGGAUCAUAGAACACCUAGAAAUUAUGAUGAUAGAGACAGAAGCCGUAGCGAUGAUAGGAGGCGCGAUAGUAGAGAUGACAGGAAACGAUAUAGUGAAGACGAGUAUGAUAGGAAAAAGGAUAGUCGAAGAGACGAGUCGUAUAGCAGAAGAUCAACACAUGAAGAUGAUGCCGGGCAUAAGAGGAGUAAGGGGGAAGAUCGCAAUAGAGACCGAGAUCGUGUUAAGACAAGCACAAGAUAUGAUGAUAGGGAUCGUAGGAGAGAUUAAAUUGUUAGUUUUGAUUCUAUGGAGGAUUAAAUGAGUUGGAUAAUGUGUUUUUUUUUAACCAUUACCGUUUGUGUUUGGUCACUCUUGACUUUUGGGGUU